AUGUCUGAAGACUGGGAUUCCGUCACCCGCAUCGGCAGCAAAGCCCGGGGCCCUGGCGCUGGCGGUGUCGAUCGCGAGCGUGUGAUCAAGGGAAAAUCAGCCAUCAAUGCCGCCGCCCGAUCAGGAGCAAUCGUUGGAACCGAAAAGAAAUACGGAACCUCCAAUUCCAAACCCAGCGUUGAUGGACAGCGAAACUUGAAAGUAGACCUCGCCGAUGCUCCUAUCGCUCCAGACAAGGUCGGCCGAGAUGUUGGCAAGAUCAUCGAGCAGAAAAGAGCAGCAAUGACGCCGACACUUACUCAAAACGAACUCGCCCGAAAAUGCAACACCACACAGAAAGUAAUUCAAGAUUUCGAGAGGGGAACAGCCGCUCCCGAUCAAAAAGUCUUCAACAAUCUCGAGAGAGUCUUGAACGUCAUAUUAAGAAGCAAAGAUGAAAAAAAGAUUGGUCAACCCAAGUUCGCCCCCAAAAGCAAAUGA